CGGGGCCACACACGGCCCAAUUCGGCACUCAGGCUGACCCGGCUGACCGCCGACCGAGCCCGCGAGCCGAGCCCCCGACGGGCGGCGACGCCUGGAUCCCUAGGCGAAGCUGCUCCGGCUUGCCGGCGUUGAUCGAGCAGCGCAUCGGCGUUGACCGCGGCGAGCAAAGAACGGGCGGACGGCGGCGGGAGUCCCGCGCCGCCGCGCCGCCGCGCCCAGGGCCCCAGACACCACCGCACCAGCGGGUGCGUGGGCGGCGCGCCGCUUGCUGCCUUGCGGGCUGCCCGGCUGCGUCUGACCGUGACCGGCUGUGCCCCUGUGCUUGUGCGGCAUUCCUCUGCUGAUAGCAAGACAACAACCAAGGAUCACUGCAGGAAAGGAAGCAUACGGUCAUCAUGGUUCACUUCAAGAACAGGUAUAUGGUGAUGGAGGUCUUCAUAGAUGCUGGCAGAGGUGAAUCUGAUCCUGUUAUCCUCACUCAAUUCAAUGUAACCAAAGUAAUCAGAGACAGCAUUCAACUCAACUUUGGGGAGUGUGACCUAGCUGCAUCUCUUGGAUCGUUGCAAGUGAAGUAUGUUAAUCCUGUAACAAAGCUUUGCAUAAUUCGGGUGUCACGUGAAGACCACCAGAAAGUAUGGACUGCAAUUACAAUGGUCAGGAGCAUUGGGAAGAUUCCAGUAUCGUUCAACCUGCUGGAUGUGAGUGGAAGCAUCAGGGCAUGCAGGAGAGCUGCACUGGAGUGCGACAAAGCAAAGUUUGAGCAAUACAAGCUGGCUGCUGUUGACUGUAUCACGCCGGAGAUCAUCCUGUCCGUACAGAGCUAAUGAAUUGGUCUAUUCCGUCUCCUGUUUUAGUCUAGCAAUCUCUUGUCUGUGGGUGAAAGAAAAAGAAAGAAACAUUCAGUGCAUUGUGUAGAAUUGAGACCUUAUUGCCUGAACAGGAUGGAACUAAGGUGACAACUUUCUCCUCGUGCAAUGGCUGUGUCAUAUGACGGCUGCUUGAAGUCUUAAGAACGGCAAAGGUCCUCUGCUCUGGUCGCUUUUCUUUCCAUAUUUGUGGCCCUUGUGUUGUAAUUUGUAAAGAUGUUUUAGGUGGCUUGGGUCUUGAUUUGUUGCUUCUCUUUAAUUAAAACAUGACGCCGGAAGCUGUUAUAGGCGUCUGAUUUGUUUCAGUUUAGUGAUCUUGGCCCUGCAUCUACUGUAAGACACAAAAGUGAUGCACCAAUCCAUUGUGCCAAUUGGUUU